AGCAAACAAAAGAGAAGGGCAAAGGAUCGUCACCCUUGCUCGUCUCGGAGAAAUUAGGGCUUCGUUUGAUGCAAAAGGGAGAGGAUUUGGGAAAAGAAAAAUAUGAGUUAUGACGCUGGUGUGGUGGUGGUGGUGGUGGUGGUGGUGGUGGUGGUGAAGGUAGCCCGUCCUUGGGUGACAGACAGCAAAAGGGAUACUAGAUACUUGGCGCCGGAUGCGGCUGUCACUGACACGCGCCGGCUCGUGCUCGAGAUACACGGAAGCAAAUCGACAAGUUCUCGUAUAAACGGCCGGUCAGCGGAUAAACGCAGAGAAGAAGCGGAGCUGCCCUGCCCUGGCCCACGCAUUGUCGUUGGUGUAACCCGGAAGCUCGCCGUUUGCUGUGUCGUCCAUAGGGCCAGCACAUUUUCUUGUAGCAUUGCAUGCUGAAUGCUACCGAGUACAGAGUACAGAGUACAGAGUACAGACUACUACUGCUGCUGCUGCUACGACUGUUGUUGCUACUAGUCACCGCUGCGAUGGGCAAAGCCCAAUGGAAAGAUUAAGGCUUCCCUUGAAUGGACCCCGAUGUUCCAUCUGACCCCAUCUGACCCGAAAUGACAGGAAUUCGGGAACGGGGCGGGUGAUUGCAACAAUGUCUCAACCCUUU